AUGGACUUUGUUCAGACUCCUCUUGUCAACCAUUCAAAACGUGUCGGAGCAAAGAUGAAGUCUCUUCUUGGUCCUCUCCUCCUCGGCGCGUCGCGCCUUGCAACCGCGACAAAUGGUGCUGAUUCCCUCGUUGCUCGUGCGGAAUCAUCGCUGAAGUGGGAGCCUUGUAAGCUCGAUCUUCCUGAUGCGGCAAAGGAGCUGCUGAAGGCUGGUGAUUGUGCGACUAUCGAAGUUCCGCUGGAUUAUACGGAUAAAAAGUCUGAUAAGACAGUUGAGCUUCAAUUGCUCCGCUACAAUGCUACCAAGGAACCUUUCAAGGGCAGCGUUCUCUGGAACCCCGGCGGCCCGGGAAUUUCUGGCAUCGAGACUCUCGCUUAUCUCGGACAGGACUUCCGCGACAUCAUGGGCGGCCACCACAACAUCAUCUCAUUUGACCCUCGAGGCGUUGGACGAACCAUCCCCUUCGCCUGCGGCAAGAAUGCUUCUGCUGAACUCACCCGCCGCAGCCUUGAACCACUGCCCCAAGCAGAUCUUUGGGAAUAUGUAAAGAACGAAGGCUGGCAGAUCAUGCAAGCUAUUGCCGAGUCCUGCUACGAAACCCAGCAGGAACACGGCCGCUUCCUCAGCACAGCCUUCACUGCCCGCGACAUGAUGAAGAUCGUCGAUGCUCUCGGUGAAGAUGGUAAGCUUCGCUUCUGGGGCAUUUCCUACGGAACUAUCCUUGGACAAGUCGCUGCUGCUAUGUUUCCUGAUCGCAUUGGCCGCCUUCUUCUCGAUUCGAACUCUUUGGCUGAUGCGUACCUCACGUCAACUGGUGUUGGUGGACCUCACGAUGCUGAGAAGUCACUUGUGCAUUUGUUUACUGAGUGUGUUGAGCUCGGCACCAAGUAUUGUAUGCUGGCCAACUACUCUGGUAGCAGCACUACUGUUGAGGAUUUGAGAGAUGCGACAGUUGAGACCUUCCAGAAGCUGAAGGACCUGAAGACUCUGCCUGAUGGUCUCUCUUCCAAGGACUAUCCCUACGCCGGCAACUCUAUCUUGAAGCAGUUGAAGUACGGUAUCAUGAACUUGCUGUCGAGCCCGUUCAACUAUCCCUCAGUGGUGGAAAUUCUCUCUUACGCUUUCGACGGAGACUACAAGAAGGCUCUCAGUAUCUACAAGGAGGAUACAUCUGAGUGGAACCUUGGUACCAACGCAUUCCAGGGCAUUGCUUGUUCCGAGUCUUCGUUCCGUGUCAGCAACCCUGAGGACCUCUACUCUAUGUACCAAGCUCAUCUCGCUGGAAGCUCCUUCGGAGAUGCCAUCGCUGCUGACUAUGUGGCCUGCGCUGCUUGGAAGUUCGAUGCUGCCGAGGGCGUUGAUACCAACACGCUUCGAAACGUCAACACGAGCUUCCCAGUUCUUGUUGUCAACAACGCAAACGAUCCUAUCACUUCUCUUAACCAUGCUUGGCAAGUCUCUUCUCGCUUCAGAGAGAGUCGACUACUGAUUAAUGAGGGAGUUGGUCAUGGAGUCACAUCGCAUGCUUCUAACUGUACUCUUGAUGCUAUUGCCGCUUACUUUGUUGACGGCACUCUUCCAGACGUUGGUACGAGGUGCAGGCCCAACAUGCCAGCUUUCAAGGUCGCUCUCCCCAACGCAUAA